AAUUGACACACAGCUGUGUAAGCUGUGUCCAAAAUCGCUCAGCUGCGUCCAAAACAAAUUGACACAGCUGUGAAAAACUUAUUUCAAAAUCGCUCAGCUGUGUCCAAAACACCAAAACAGAGAAGCAGCGAUGGCGUUUCCCAUUCCCAGAGCCACUUUCUCUUGGGUUUCUUCUUUCCGCUCAAGCUCUCUAUCCCAUUCCCAUCUCCUUCCAAUCCCUCUCUGUCUCUCUUCUCUAACUCACUCUCUCACUCCAAUGCGUGCUUUCGAUACCCUCGCCUCUCUCUCAAAUACUCCUGCUCAUAACCCAUCGUCCCCUCCUACAGUCCAUGAAGUAAGUAAGAAUCGUUGGAAGCCCAUGUGUUUGUACUACACGCAAGGCAAGUGCACUAAGAUGGAUGAUGCCAUUCACUUAGAGAAAUUCAAUCAUGAUUGCUCCAGGGACCUUGAAGUGAAUAUUGCUGAGUUAAAACAUAUUCGCUCUCAGAACCUAGAUUUUUUCCUGGUGCUUGAUUUGGAGGGCAGAGUUGAGAUUCUUGAGUUUCCAGUUCUAAUGAUAAAUGCCAAAACUAUGGAUGUCAUGGACUUUUUCCACAGGUUUGUGAGGCCCUCAGAAAUGAGUGAGCAAAGAAUAAAUGAAUAUAUUGAAGGAAAAUAUGGCAAGUUUGGGGUUGAUCGUGUCUGGCAUGAUACAGCUAUACCAUUUACAGAAGUUCUCCAGCAAUUUGAAGUUUGGUUGGCUCAGCAUCACUUGUGGGAAAAGGAAUUGGGUGGGCGUCUUAAUCAAGCAGCUUUUGUAACUUGUGGAAAUUGGGACUUGAAAACAAAGGUCCUUCAGCAAUGCAAAGUCUCAAAGAUGAAGCUUCCUCCAUAUUUCAUGGAGUGGAUCAAUCUCAAAGAUGUCUAUCUAAAUUUCUAUAAGAGGAGGGCCACAGGAAUGAUGACUAUGAUGAAGGAACUUCGUAUCCCACUGGUGGGAAGUCACCAUCUUGGGAUUGAUGACACAAAGAACAUAGCAAGAGUGUUGCAACAUAUGCUUGCUGAUGGUGCGCUUGUACAGAUUACCGCGAGGAGGAAUUCUGAUUCUCCUGAAAAUGUUGAAUUUCUAUUCAAGAAUCGGAUAAGGUAGCUGCUUCUAGCUAUUUUUGUCAUUUAAAGGUACUUCUCUAAUUGUAUAUAUUUUAGAAAAAUGAAAGAAUUGAUUCUGUGUUGGUUCUAA